AUCCCUGAGCCGGAGCUACGAGGAGAUCGAGAGCGGAGGAGACGCGCAGAAGCGCAAUGAAAGAGCAGUGCUUCUAGUCGCGGAGACAAGGGAAGGAGGGCAAGGGAGGAACGGGGGAGUUGUGGCAGCCACAGCGGUCUUUGGAGCUGCGCAUCUGUAGCGGAGGUUGGUCAUGGUCGGACGGGGACUGUGGGUAUGUAAACCCCGGUUUGGAAAGCGAGGGAGCAGGCCGGGGGUUUUGCCCCUCUUUUGCGCGGCGACAGCGAGCGCAGCCCUGCUGGCUCUGCUCUUUGUGGACUUCAUCGAGUCAUGGGUCACCUCCAUGAGCAUGAACACGGUAGUGGAGCCGCACGCAGGCAUCAUCCCCCCGCAGAGCGUGCCUCCCACAAGACCCGAGGAGUUCUUGCUCAUGCCCAGCCCGCUCGUGUGCCAGCGUGCCAAACCUUACCUCAUCACCAUGGUUACCUCGGCUCCUGCCAAUCAGAGGGCACGCCAAGCCAUCAGGGACACCUGGGGAGGGGAAGUGGAGGUGAGGGGCCUGCGUGUUAUGACCCUGUUCAUGGUGGGUGUGGCCUCUGACCCGGGACUGGCCAAGAUGCUGAUAGAGGAGGCCCGGGAGCGAGGAGAUCUGAUUCAAGGGCGGUUCUUGGACACCUACUCCAACCUCACCCUGAAGACCCUGUCCAUGCUGGGCUGGGCCCGCCGGUUCUGCCCUCAGGCGCACUUCAUGGCCAAAGUGGAUGACGACGUCCUGUUCAAUCCCAGCGCCCUCCUGCACUUCCUGAACAAGAGCCGUAACCCCUAUGAACAAGGAGACUUGUACCUUGGCAGGGUGCAUCUCCAUGUGGCUCCGGACCGUGACCCCGACAGCAAGCACUACCUCCCUGCAGGGGCCUACCCUCCAUCUGUUUUUCCAGACUAUUGCAGUGGUACAGCCUAUGUUCUGUCCCGCUCUGCAUUGCUCAAAAUUUCCCUGGCAGCCUCUGCUUCACCUUUAUCCACACCUCUGCCCCCCGAGGAUGUGUUUGUUGGUCUAUGUGCUCGGGCAGCUGGGGUGCUCCCCUCACACUGCCCUCUUUUCUCUGGUGGUCCCGGUGUUCCCUAUGGGCGCUGCUGCUAUCAGGCCAUGGUGUCCAUCCAUCACAUUCCACCCAGGGAGAUGCUGCAGUUUUGGGCUGACAUUCAUUCGUCUCCCACCUGCUCCUGGCUGAGUCUACGCGCUUCCCUGGGGAUGUGCAAAGUCAGGGCUAUGCUCGGGUCGGCUCUGGGCCUGGAGCAGGGGUUGUGAGGGUCACUGAGAAGGAAAGCUGGAGUCAGCGGGGCUGUGCCAGACUUCGAUACUAUGAACAGCACAAGUGCUCUUCAGAUUGUGAAGCUACACUGUGUGCACUGAGAAAAUGUCAGUUUAUUUUUAUAGCUUAUUUUUUUAAACACUUAAAUGUAUUUAACCGGCUUUUUUUUUUUUCGCAGAAAAGGGGAUGAGCAGCUGGUAGUAUGAAGAACGGACAGAAUAACCUUUAACCUAUCUUUAGACUGUUAAAGCAUCCU